GGAAAUACUUUUCAUUCCUUCCGGCUGGCCACUCCAGUGAUGCAGCUGUCGCCCAAAUUUGCUGAACUUUCGGUAUUUAAACAGCUAAUUCUUUCCUUGUCGUUCACAUGUCCUGGGAUAUAAUUUGUAUUUUGCCUGACAAGUUUAAGUCGUGUGCUAUAUGACAAAGAGUUGUUAUUUUAAUAAAAGAACGCUGCUGUCCUCCGAGCUGUAACUGAAAGUAACUUCUCUGACUAGCGUUAGCUAAGUCGUUAGCUGAGCUAACUUCCCCAUGGCCCCACUCCGGAUCCUGUGUAUCCACGGUUAUCGUCAGAACGGCAGCUCGUUCCGUGAAAAGACGGGAGCCUUGCGAAAGCUGUUGAAGAAACAAGUGGAGCUUGUGUACUUGAGUGCACCGCACAGUGUACAGCAAGCCGGCAAUGAUGCUUCAGAGAAGGAGAAUGGUUCAGGCCCAGGACCUGGAAGCGACACAGACCCCAAGGGUUGGUGGUUUUCUGACAUCCAGGCUCGGAGUUUCAAUGCUCAGCAGCAGUGUGAGAAAAGCCUGGGGCUUGACGAGAGCGUGACAGUUGUGAGAGAAGCUGUGAAGGUCCAAGGUCCAUUUGAUGGCAUCCUGGGAUUUAGUCAAGGAGCAGCUUUUGUGGCCAUGCUGUGUUCUCUUCAGGAGCGAAAACUGGAGCCUGAGUUCAGCUUUCGCUUUGCCAUCCUUGUUGCUGGUUUCCGCAGUGCCUGUACAGAACACGAGAUAUUCUACCAUGUUCCCCUCCAAAUCCCCUCGCUGCAUGUUUUUGGAUUUGAGGACAAAGUCAUCCCUGAUAACAUGAGCAAGGAACUCCUCCCUUCUUUCCAUGACCCUCAAAUCUUGACACAUCCUGGUGGCCAUUUUGUUCCUGCUACGUCAGCUCACAGGCAAACCUACCAGGACUUUCUGAAGGGGUUCCAAUGAGAAAUAAGUCACAGAAUCUGAGUCAGAGGCUCAAGCACUUCAAUAUGGCCAGGGAGUGUUGGUUAUUCAAUGUUCAGGAAAAAAUCUUGCGACAACAUAAUUGAUUCCAGAGGCACUUUGAGUAAAAAUGUCAAGUUCAGAGUCAUGACCGGUGUGUUUUAGAAGUUAUUUUGUUUCUCUCUGAUCUAAUCCGUGCAAAACAAUCUAAUGACUGCUGUCCUUCUCAGGGAAGAUGUCUUCUAACAGACAAUAAAUUAAGUGACAAUUGUUUUAUGUA